AUGGCCGACACAACGGAAACCGGGCUCCCACCCAACUGGGAAGUGCGACACAGCCAGUCGAAAAACCUUCCUUACUACUUCAACUCCGUCGAACGGGUCUCGCGCUGGGAACCACCGGCCGAGACAGAUACUGAAAAGCUAAAGCUUUACAUGGCUAAAUACCACAACAACAAGGGUGCCGCCGCCGGGUCGGCUGAGGAGGGUCAGCAGGGCAAGAUCCGUGCCGCUCACCUGCUCAUCAAGCACCGCGACAGCCGGCGCCCGUCUAGCUGGCGUGAAAACACCAUCACCCGGACCAAAGAAGAGGCGUACGACAUCAUCAAGGCGCACCAAGACCGCAUCCAAGCCGGUGAGGCCUCGCUCGGGCAGCUGGCGUCGACUGAGUCGGACUGCAGCAGUGCGCGCAAAGAAGGGGAUUUGGGGUUCUUUGGGCGUGGGGAUAUGCAGAAGGAGUUCGAGGACGCGGCGUUUGCGUUGCUCAAGGGUGAGGUGUCGGAUAUUGUGGACACGGCGAGCGGGCUGCACCUGAUUGAGAGACUCGCAUGA